UCAGUGUGGAUGCAGAGGAGGGAGUGUUUGAGAUUAAAACACCAACAAAAUCUUUUGUCCUAAAGGAGAUGAUAAUUUUUUGCCUCAAGUAAAAACACCAACCGACCUGGUGGGACUAAGAGUGGCCUCUAUGCCAGCUCCUCAGGAGUCAACUUCCAUACAAAACAUCUCUCUCAAGCAUCCAUGGAAGGAAAUACAGAAUACAGUUCGUAAUAUCUGUGGCACAAAGCCUUCUCCACCAAUUAGUAGAAGUGUUUUUCAUUUUGAUGAUUUAGAACCAGCUGCUGACGUAAAAGAAGCAGGAGCAAGGCAAGUUACAAAGCUGUCUCCAUCACUAAACUUCAACCGGAAGGCCAGGAAAGUAAAUGGACCAUCAGCCUCUAAUCAUGACAAUUCAUUGCCGGAAACCAUCUCUUUUGAAAGGAUAUCCACUCCUCAACAACAAGCUGUAGCAGAGGAGUUAAAGUCUCAAAAGGGUCUUGUAAAGCUUCUGCACCGAGCUCUUGAGUCUGCACACCAGGAAAAGAGAGCCUGCAAUGAUUACCUGGAUGCAGCAGAGGAAAAAGAUAGACUUGAACUGAUACGUCACAAGAUUAGGCAAAUCGAGGACCUAAAACAACGUGUUGAGGCUCUUGAACGGGAGAAGAAAGAACUGGAACAAUGUGCUAGCUUCAAGGAUUUCCACAUUGCUGAACUAAAGGAGCAUAUUCAGUUGUUAAUGGAAAAAAAUCAUGCAAAACAGCAAGUUAUCCUGAAACAGAAUGAACAGCUUCUCAGCCAGAAUGAUCCACAUGAGUCAAACAGCAUCUCAAAUGAUACCUUACGGCAGCCUUACGAGAAGAUUGAAAGUUCAAUGGAUGACAUAAAUGCCUACAAAACACAGAAUCAGUUUUUAAACUCUGAAAUCCACCAAGUAACAGAGCUAUGGAGAAACACAGCUGAGAGUGAAAGCGCUCUUCUCAUGAAGUGCUCAUACCUGGAUGCUAGAAAUUGCCAAAUAGAAAGCAAAUAUUUAAUUGUGUUGAGAAAGUUGCAGGAAGCUCUGCCAUAUCUGGAUGCUGAGUACUGUGAAGUCAUAAAAAAUUUGAUAGAAGAUGCCUUGCAGUCUGACAUGAAAAAGGUCCAUAACCAACUGGAUGUGCACUUUAGACCUCUCAGUGAAUAUGAUGACUAUGGCUUUGUUAUAAUACCAGAAUAUGAGGUGGAACACUUGAAGCUUUUAGCCAAAAUUCAAGCAUUAGAAAUUCGAUCCAACAAGCUUCUCACACAUGAGGUUGUGGACAAACCUUUAAGGAUGAAAUGGAACAGUAUUGAGGAACUAAACCACUCUGCGGAACUGAAGAACUUAGUGAGGUGUGGAAUCCCUUCAGAACAUCGUAAACGUGUAUGGAAAUGGAUCACUGCUCAACGGAUUUGCAUCAGAGAACACCAUUACACUGAUCUUCUGAAAAAGUGUGAGAGUUCUCAGCAUCCAGCCUCUCAGCAGAUUGAACUUGAUAUACAUCGAACUUUGACCAAUAACAAGCACUUCAGUAGCCCUACAUCAGAGUUUAUUCAAAAGCUGAGGAGGGUGCUUCUUGCAUACUCGUGGCAAAAUCCAACCAUUGGGUACUGUCAGGGAUUGAACAGGUUAGCCGCCAUAGCACUUUUGGUGUUGGAAGAUGAGGAGAGUGCAUUUUAUUGUCUAGUUGAUAUUGCUGAGAACAUAAUGCCACCAGAGUACUAUAGUAAUAACCUAACAGGAUCACAGGUCGAUCAAAGAGUAUUCAAGGAUUUCUUUUCCGAAAAACUGCCUCGUUUGACUGCACAUUUUCAGCAAUACAAGAUUGACCUGUCUCUUAUCACUUACAAUUGGUUUCUGGUGGUGUUUGUUGACAGCCUGGUUAGUGAUAUUCUUCUGAGAGUGUGGGAUGCCUUCUUGUACGAGGGAACAAAGGUUAUCUUCCGUUAUGCACUUGCAAUAUUUAAAUAUAACGAGGAAGAGAUCCUAAAGCUGAAUGAUGAAAUAGAAAUCUACCAAUACCUUUCAUUUUUCACCAAGACUAUCUGCGAUGGCAGAAAACUAAUGAACAUUGCCUUCAAUGAGAUGAACCCUUUCCCAAUGAAGCAUAUAAGAAAUCGCCGAGCAGUGCAUAUGGAGAAAUUUAAGGCAGGCUUGGCAGAACUUGAAAAGAUAAAAAAGGAAUAUUUUAGGCAAAAGGAAGAGCUUGGAAGUGCCAAUAUGGACCUUGGCGUUAGUGAGGAUGAAGAUGAUACAUAAACAUGAAUAAGGAACAGUUUCUAGUCCCUUAAACAAAAGUAUUAAAAACUUGUCCGAUGUAUUUCUUAAUCAUGUUGUUGA